UAUCGCCGCCAACUCGAUGGUAGCGCUCCGUGCAAUCACAAUUUUUACCUUGCUAGUCGACAGUACCUACCGUGUGGUAUUUAUCGGUGGAACCAGUUCUUAGUGCUUUGAUUUUUUCCGUUUCCUGUCGGAUACCGGCUACGAGUUUCAUCUGUGACUAUUUCAGCUCAAAGGGCGAACGAAAAGAAGACAUUUGCCGCCUUUCCAAACCAGUUUUAAUGAGUUACAUGAAGUAUGGUUAAUGUAAGUGGUGGUGUCGUUUGGUGCUAUAAGGACGAUAAAUGGAUUCCCCUGCAGCUAUCGUCGAUCAGGCUGCAUGGGGUCCUCACCCAGGCCCACUGGGCCGCCAUCUCAGAGUUCCUCCAGAGGGUGGCCAACAAACAGCUGGUGUUGCAGGACAACGGCUUCACCGAACUCACCGACAAGCACAAGCAGCUCAUGCUCCAGCAGUCGAAGAACUUAGAGGAUAAGAAUUUAGGUGUAGAUAGCGAAAAUGUGAUAAAAUUGACUGAGAACGGGGGAAGGGAGGUCGCCGAGAGGAAGGUCAGCCUCGGUCAGAUCCCGGAGGACAAAGUGAUGGAGCAGCCCAGGAGGCCCUCCAUGCCAGAGCUACGGUCGUUAGAUAGAGAUAAUUUAUUUAUUAAUAAUUUAUUAAAGUCAGAGACUGAUAACAAUAAGAAGACUGAUAGGGUAUCUAAAGAGAACGACGAGAUCGUCCUGAGGCUGCUCAAGAAGUACUGCAAGUACAGCAAGGACGCCCUCGACAACGACAUAGUCAGCGCAAUAGAACAGAUUCCAGACGAUGAAGUCGACAAAUCCCGAAGGUCGAGCACCGCGGAAUUCGAUAAUCAACCGAGGUCGAAGAUGCUGAAUAACAUCGAUCACACCUUCGAGGAGGUGCAGCCUAGGACGAGGAAGAUGAGCUACGUACCUAGGGAAGAGAAGAUAUACGAAAACCUGAACGAUUUUCCCUUGGAUUCUCUGGAAGAAGACAAGAACGAGCACGUCAUUCGCUGGCUGAAGCAACAGAACAGCCAGAUCGCAUUCGACAACGUUCCCGCGCGGAGGCACUCCGCCGUCGACAUAACGAUCUCCUCUCCCACGGACAGCAGGAAGAGCAGUUUCGUGGAAAGGAAAUCGUCCUCCUCCGGCUUCGAGUCGAGGAAGUCCAGUCUCACCACGCCCUCUACUCCGGAAAGUAGAAAAUCGUCCUGGUGCGACAGUACUAUGAACAGUAGGAAAAGUAGUGUAGGUUCUAAUAGUAGUUGUUCUGAAUGUGAUGACUCCGACGGCUUAACCCAGUGGCAGAAAUUCGUCAAGAAACACCUCAACGCCAAGAACUCCGAGAGGAGGCUCAAGAAGCAGUGGCAGGCGUGGAGUAGGAACAAGAGGAAGCUCAGCGCCUCCUCUGAUAACGGUUGCACUGAUCUUGCCAGCCAACAAUGGUAUUUCCGUAAAAUCAAACGUAUAGAGGCAGAAAAGAAACUACUUCUCCCGGAAAAUGAGCACGGAGCUUUCCUCAUCCGAGAUUCCGAGAGCAGACAUAACGAUUAUUCCUUAUCAGUUCGUGAUGGAGACACAGUCAAACAUUACAGAAUACGACAAUUAGAUGAGGGAGGCUUCUUUAUAGCCCGAAGGACCACAUUUAGAACGUUGCAAGAACUCGUACAACACUAUAGUGACGAUGCGGAUGGGCUUUGUGUUAAUCUCUGUAAACCAUGUGUUCAGGUUGAGAAGCCGCAACCUGAAGGAUUAUCCCACCGAACCCGCGAUCAGUGGGAAAUAGAAAGGUCAUCGCUCAAGUUUGUGAGGAAGUUGGGCCAUGGACAGUUCGGGGAAGUGUGGGAGGGUAUGUGGAACAAUACGACACCAGUAGCAAUAAAGACCCUUAAACCAGGGACCAUGGAUCCCAAGGAUUUCCUUGCCGAGGCUCAAAUUAUGAAAAAACUACGGCAUCCGAAACUGAUCCAGUUGUAUGCUGUCUGCACUGUGGAGGAACCGAUUUAUAUCAUCACCGAAUUAAUGAGAAACGGCUCACUUUUAGAAUACCUUCAGGGCAAGGGUAAGGGGUUGAAGUUGCAGCAAUUAAUCGAUAUGGCAGCACAGAUCGCUGCCGGAAUGGCUUUCUUGGAGUCGCAGAAUUACAUCCACAGGGAUCUUGCUGCAAGAAAUGUUCUCGUCGCUGACGGAAACGUUGUCAAAAUAGCGGACUUCGGACUAGCAAGAUUAAUUAAGGAGGACGAAUACGAAGCGAGAGUUGGCGCCAGAUUCCCAAUAAAAUGGACGGCUCCUGAAGCAGCGAACUACAGUAAAUUCUCCAUCAAAUCAGAUGUUUGGUCAUUCGGUAUAUUACUUACUGAACUUGUAACUUACGGAAGGAUACCAUACCCAGGUAUGACAAAUGCCGAGGUUCUGCACCAAGUAGAACACGGUUACAGAAUGCCGGCCCCACCGGGCUGUCCACCCGCCUUGUACGAUAUAAUGUUGGAGUGCUGGAACCGGGACCCAAUGAGGAGACCCACUUUUGAAACCUUGCAAUGGAAACUGGAGGAUUUCUUCACCAUGGAAGGAUCCGAGUACAAGGAAGCGUCGGCGUACUGAGGUCACGCCCACCCCCCUGCUGAUUGGUUGCGCAACUCGAUCGAGGUGCACUACCAUUGAUGGGGAGGUGGAUAUCUAUUUAUCAAGGAACAAUAGAUAGAUAUGCCGUACUUUUUUCUACAUAUUUUUAGUUUACACGACAUUUACAUCAGGACGGUUUUUACUAGUUUUUUUGCAAGUUGUGUCUUGUUCUUGUAUAUAUUCGUGGUAAGUACCCGUUUUGUUAAAUCGUAAUUGUAUAAUUGGAUUUUUAUAUACAUUUUUAAUUGUGAUGUUUAAUAUAAUUUUUUUUGUUAAUAUACAGGG